AAGACACAGACAAUAGGAAUUGUUAUUUGUUUUUGAUCAACAGCGAAAAAAGCAAAACUUUUGUGAUCACAGAGCAAUAACAAAGUAGGAAUAGAAGAACAUUGUGGAUUUUAUGAUAUUUUGAUACUCACUACACAUUCCGAUCAAUUUUAUUGUAAAUAACAAGAGACAAUUUAAAUCAAUUUAUUAUAAUUAUUAUUAUAUAGAGAGAAUAAAGACAAGAGAAAGAGAAAAUGGGAUAUUCAGCCUCAGGAUACAUAUUAUCAACGGGAGCUAACAAUUAUCGUCAAUCAUGUAAAAAAGUUGAUAAGAGUAGCACUUUCUCUCCGAUCACAAUUUUACCCGAUAGUGUUUCGAACUUGUCAAGAGUAAAGAAGGUUGCUUGUGGAAGAGAGCAUACCAUGAUAUUGCUAAAUGAUGGAAGAUUGUUUGGUAUUGGACAUAAUCAACAUGGUCAAAUCUAUGGAAAGGAGUCUACUUUUACAUCCUUCUAUUUAAUUCCAUCAUUUGUUGAAUAUGGAGAUAAGAUUGUUGAUGUAUUUUGCACACAGAUUAAUACCUAUGUUGUGACAGCACAUGGACACAUUUAUUGGUCAGGAUGGGAAAAUACGACUGCUGAUAAGACCUAUCUUAAAAUGCAUGCUCCAAAUAAUAUCUCUUCUUUGAGAAUUGAUCGAUUUGUUACCAAUUCAAAUGCAGUCCAUUGUUUUGUAAUUUGUGGAUCAAAGAUUUAUGGUACAGGAUGGAAUUCUAAUGGACAAUUAGGUAUAGGAAGUAGAAGUGAUUCAUAUGGAACUCUUUCACUCGUACCUUUUGAUGCUCGUCAAAUCGAUUGUAUUUCUACUGGUGCUCAAUUCUCUGUUCUUGCCACAGAAACUCAAUUAUUUGGAUGUGGAACAAAUGGAGAUUUGCAACUUUCAACGGCAUAUAAUGGUGGAUCUGAAAUAUUUACUCAAAUCACAACUCCAUUUUCUGGACAGAGAAUUAGAAAUGUAGUUUGUGGAGGAUUUCACACACUUGUACAAUUAGAAAAUAAUGAAGUUUGGGGAACAGGAAAAUACAUUACACAUGAAUUUUCCAAGCUAAACAUUAAUGAACCAGUUUGUGCAAUUGGAGCAGGUUGGCAAUUUUAUAUUUGUCUUGGAGAAUCUGGAAAAAUGUAUGUAUCAGGAGAGAAUAAUAAUGGACAGCUUGGAACUGACGAAUUUGAGAGUACCUCCACACUCACAGCCAUCCCAAGCUGUAGAGAUCUUUCCAUACCAAGUAGAACCUUGCUGGAAUGUGGAGAGUUUUACUCAAUUGCUUACCUUGCAAAUGACGACAAGUCACACUUCCUUUUUACCUACGCCAUUCUAAAGAAGAUUUCGAAUGGAAUACCAUGCCUUUCUGAUAUAGAAAUCCAAGCCAUGCAUUAAAUGAGAACAAAAACAAUUUAUUUAUUU